CCUUCGGAAAUAAUUGCAAAAAUUUUGUAUAUAUAUAACGCUCAUGCUUCUAACAAUCGAGACUUGUGAUCCCUUCUGCAGAAAUGAAGUAUUUUUUGCUACUUGUAGUUUUCAUUUCGAUCUACUGCAUCCAGGAAGGUUACACGGAUGAUGAUGACGAUGAUGAUGAUGAGCUGACAUGUUUCAAAUGUAAAUCACCCAGUUAUUAUGAAUGCAGGGUUGCGGACGAUGCAGGCCCGACAUGUUUUGGAAAAUACUGCAUGGCUUACAUAUACCCGGAAAAAAUCAAGGGUUUCGCUGGAGGACAAGGGAAGAAAGACUGGUAUAUCAGAGGUUGCACUGAUGAUAAAGAUUUUUGUAAAGGGGAAUCACAUAAGGCUUGUACUCUUUGCACCGAACAUGAAUGCAAUGUAAAGACACUCCCUGAACACUCUUGAAAGGGGAACUUAUAAUGGCAGAAAUAAAUAAAUGAUGGAACUUAAAUAAAUUCAUACCAAUUCA